GAAUUUGAUCUUGAACCUGUUUGCUUACUUUGUAUUUGGUUUUUGACGAAAUUAGUUCAUCAGAAGGCGGUUCCUAUCGGAAGAACGUCUCCAACUUCAUUGUAUAGAGCUGACGAUUUAGCUCCAACCACUUUAAAACUCACGGUUGAUAUGUUUGAUUUGGAAUGUGCAUGCCAUAAUCAAUGCAGUUGUUUGCUUAAUCAUAUUGGCUUUUGGUAAAUUAGUUGAUCAUGUCUCCAUCGUAGAACUGAAGUUUUAGCUCACAACCUUUUUACAUUCAUGAUUAAUGUGUAUGAUUUCUGAAUCUGCCUACUCUGUGUUGGCCUCUGUCUUGGAAGGUUUUGUUAUAGUAGAAAAUUAAUGACUGAUCACUUGGAAAGGCUCCUGCUUCAUGGCCUGGAGAAGGGGCAGGAAACUGUUUUGCCUCUUGAUCCUCGCACCGAAUGGAGUCAUUGUGUUUCCAUUCCUUCCUGGGUUAUCCGUCCAAAAUCAAAAGAUUUCAAUCCCAUAGAGACUGACACUGCUCCUGUCUUAUCAGCUGCCAUGGGGUAUAUCAGAUUCCUUCAAUCCGAAAUUGAGGUGCUUGCAGGAAAAGUUGAAGGAAGUAGCUCCUCCUACAAAAGGCUCAACCCAAUGAUGGGGGUGGUUAAGGCUGCUGCAUUUUCCAUUUUGCAGGUGAAUGCCUAAUACCAUGUUUGACACCAGUUUCUGGAGUUUCCUUCUCAAUUCAGUUUGAUCUCUUUUGUAGCUUUUCUAUUUCACAUGCUUCAUGAGUAGACUGUUGGAAUGAGGAAUUGGUGGAUUUAGAAAAUAGGUGUUGUUUGGUGAACCACAUUAGUUGCUUAGACAUGGGACUUAAGAUCGAUGUAAAAAAUUAUAGAGAUUACCAAUGAAGUUGAAGUUAUUGUGUGAUUUAAUCUUUUGUUAGAGGUUUUCUUUUGGACAAUUUACUUCGGUAAUAAAUAUACCCCCUUCGUUUCGAAAUGAUUGUGCGGUUUGGUUUUCAUUUUUAGUUCAAAGAGUGGUAAAAGUAAAAAUUCAAAACAAGACAAUCAUUUUGGGACAGAGAGAAUAUUUAUCUUCCUGAAAAUUGAUUUCUAUUUGCCUGAAUUUGCGGAAAUGGUGUUAAAAGGAACUAUUUUUCCUACAAGGAGGUGCUUGGUUAUUGGGCAGUACUUUUUCAUUAGCUUUCCUUGUAAUGUCACUGUCUCUUAGAUCCUUUAUUGCAUUUCAUGGUUCUGUAUCUUCUUCUGCACAUGAGCUUGCCAAAGGUAAUGGUUUUGACCAGCUUCAUAUUUUCAAACAACUUCAGUAAUAUGAUUGUGUUGCUUUAUUGUUCUUCCCUAUUGGACUAUCAUUAUUUUGGUGCUUCUUAAGAUGUUUAUUGAAUUCUUAAAUUUUUUGGAAUUCUGUGGGUUGGCUUUCUUGUUAAAUUUUCACUGACAACAUAGUGGUGGAACCUUGUUGAAAAAACAAAAAUAUAGUGGAGUUGUGAAUGCUUAUUCUUUAUGUCCCAUUAUGUUUGAAGGAAAUGGUGGUUUGGGAGCCUUGUCAACAAUGUACGUUUUGCUGGUAAAUGCAAACUCACAUCCAAACAAUCCCU